AUGUCCGAUGUAUUUGUCAAAUCGUUCACUCACCUCAGGAAUCGCCCCAAAGCCGACCAGGCCCUUCCAUUACUCCAACGGAUCGCGUCGCUGGUCAAGCCCAUCAUGCGCAAGCACGGUUGGGUCUUACCCGUUCUCGCUGAAUUCUUCCCAGAUAGUCCGAAUCUUGUAGGUCUUAAUAUUAAUGGAGGGCAGAAGAUUCUCCUGAGAUUACGUCCAGCUCAUUCACCGGAUACGUUCUAUGAAGAAGAGUCAAUUAUACACACUAUGUUGCAUGAGCUUACGCAUAAUGUACACGGCCCUCACGACGAUAAAUUCUACAAAUUCCUCUCUGGCUUAGAGGAGGAGUACGAUGCGCUCAAGCGAUCUGGCUAUGCAGGAGAAGGGUUCUUCUCCACAGGGCAUCGGCUUGGUACCAAAGUUUCCCACAAUCUUCCACCACAUCUCGCACGGCAGAAGGCUCUAGAGGCGGCAGAGAAACGGCGGCAAACAAACCAACUCAUGAGCGGUGGUGGUCGUCUCGGUGGCCUGGGCAGUAGGACUCGUAACAACAAAUCGCCACGAGAGUUGGCUGCGGACGCUGCCGAGCGAAGAGCUCAUGAUGAGAAGGCAUGCGCAUCUGGCUCUGCCGCCGAGCGUGAGGCUGCCAAGGCUGCACAGGAUAGUGUCGAGGACAAGGUUAUUGAUCUCACUCUGAAUGAUAAUUCAGAGCCGGAGAAUGUCGCACGGUCCAUAUCACGAACCUCUUCUAGAACGGAUCCAAAUCGAGCAGCCCCGCAAUCGAAGUCUAAUGGCACAACGCGUAGGAAGGCAGCCUCAGGCACUUCGUCAAAUGGAGCAUUAAUAAAUUCGACGCCUUUUCCUCUAAAUCCUUCCUUCAAGCCCCCCGCACCGGUUUCCGAUAGGCUUCGCUCAGUAAUAUAUCAAGAGUAUAUGUCGAAUCCUAAGAUGUAUACAGUCCGAAAGCUUUCGGAACGGCAUGGUCUCAGUAUUCAACGUGUGGAUGCCAUUUUGCGGCUCAAAGGGUUGGAAGAUCACUGGCGGAAGAAGAAGCCGCUCCAAACAGGAUUUCAAGCUGGAAUGGAACAAAUCCUUGGUGUAACGGAACGUCAGAAAAGUGUGCAUGGCGGCGCGCAAGGACUCACGGAGUUGGGAGUGGAUGCUAGUGAAGCGGACGCACGAAUGGAUGAAGAGAUCAAUCAUCGUGCUCGUGAGCGAUAUCAACGUUUGUUCUGGGAGCCUGUGGUAGAGGGUUUGGAUCCCAUUCUUCCAUCAAGUUUGGAGCGUGCUCGUGCCGAUCAGCGUCAGAAAGCACGAGCCACGGGGGAAGCUAAAGCUGCCGAAGCUCGCAUACCUUUGCGGAGGAAUGAAGAGCACAUAAUCAAUGUUCCUGGGCGGCCUUCCUGGCAGUUCGUCGAUGUGGGUGGCAAAUACGUCGAUGUUGACGAUCGAAUCCGGAGAUUGAAGGAGAGUGAGCGACGGUCGGUAUUGAAGGUAAAACGACGUCAGCGAAAAGAUGUGAAGACAGUGAUGACGAUAUGA